UGCUUUCGACCUGCACACUUCCCGAGAGCACGCAUACCUGCAUCGAGCUGAAGUUGCAUUAUGUCGCAAGAAGAGGACUUUCGGAUAAAAGGAGCUGCUCAGGUAGCAGAUACUGCUGCUCAAGAUCCAACAGAGUCUACAGAUCAGCCGAAAAAGUUGGUCGAAAAUGCAGACCAAGCUGAAGAGGCUGAGCAGGCCCAGGAAAAAGAACAGGAGGGUGAGGAAAUAGUCGCUGGCGAGACGCACGACGAAACGUCGGCAGACCGAAAGCUGCGAGAGAAGUACUUUUGGUACAAAUGCGAGAACCCCUCGCAGGGUGAGGGCAUUCCCACCCACUACUUCACCAACACGAAGUCCGGCGAAUCAAGCUGGACAGAGCCAUCAGAGCCAUAUUGGCUCUACAACACCGAGCUGGGCGGUCCAGACCCAGUGGGUUUGCAAUACCCACCAGGCGCUGAGCAGCCGAAUGCCGCGCAAAAAUCUGCAGAAACACAUCCACUGCGGUACAAUCCAAGAAUCCACGGCGACUACGACCCAAACGCCGACUACGCCAAGUACACCGAGCAGCGCCUAGCAGAACAAAGCGGCGCCACCACCUACGGCGCCGCAGCCGCAGCACCAGGCACUGGAAGCGCCGACUACAGCUCCAUCAUGGCCCUCAACGCGCGCACGGGCAGCGCUCAACCAUCACAUCUCUCCGCCGACCGCCACAACGACUUCGCAAAGAGUGGCAGGCAGAUGAACGCGUUCUUCGACGUCGACGCCGCCGCCAACGCCCACGAGGGCAAGUCGCUCAAGGAAGAGCGCAAGAACAAGAAGCUCAGCAAGGCCGAAGUGAAGGCAUUCAAUGAGGCGCGCAAGGAGAAGAAGCAGAAGAAGCGGCUGGCAUUCUACAAAUCAUGAGCGGAAAAAGUCGUGUCUUCUUCACUUGUACUUUAGUCCUUCCCUUCACUGCAUUAACGCCAAGCGAUACCCUGGAGCAGGCGGGCGUCCUCAGUUUCAUAGGAUACUAAAAAAUGGGAAUUGCCG